AUGCCGUGUUGCCAAGUAUCAACAAACAUUAACGCUUCCGAUGAUGACGCGAAGAAGGCGCUCACGCAGAUAGAGAAUGCCAUAUCCCAAGUGAUGAACAAACCCAUGGGGUACAUCAUGAGCAACCUGGACUACCAGAAGCACAUGCGCUUUGGCGGCAGCCACGAUGGCUUCUGCUUCGUGAGGGUCACCAGCAUAAGUGGAAUAAGCAAGUCGAACAACACUGCCCUGGCAGAUAAAAUUACCAAAAUUUUGGCUAGCACGCUAAAUGUGAAGUCGGAACGCGUGUUCAUUGAAUUUAAAGAGUGCACUGCGCAAAACUUUGCCUUCAACGGGUCGCUCUUCGGUUGA